AUGGUGCGGGUUAAGAUGCUGCAGGCUGAACAAGGACUUGUUGCAGAAGUCCAAGCUCUUAGGGAAGACAGCAAGGAAGGUGUGCAGUCCUUCUAUAGAGAAGCAGCUCAAACACAUGUAUUUCAACAAGAGGUGGUGGAGCUAGCACAACAGAAGCAUAAUCUGGAGCAACAGCUUGCUGCAUUUUUUACCCAGAAUGCUCUUCUCCAGAAUACUGUGACUACACUGAAGAAUGAACUUUCUGCACUGGAUAGGCACAGCCAAGAUCAGCUAGUGCAGCUCCAACAGAGUGAGCAAAACUCCAAAGAGGCAUGGGCACUUAAUCGAGAACUUCAGGCUAAGCUGCAGGAGAUGCAGGAAGAUAUGCCACUGAGGGGAUUCAAACCUGGUGAAAGUUCUCUGCUGUCAGAAAUUGAGGAGAGUAUGGAUGCCGAAUCAUGGGAGAAUAAUGAGGCAGUAAACUCAGUGGAACCCCAUGAUCAUCCUUGCCCUGUUUGCCAGAAACGUUUCAAGGACUUAGAAAAUGUUUCAGAGCAUCAGGCUGUCUUGGAGAAGCUGCAGUCUGAGAUUUUUAAAAAGGUCAGCCGAUUUGUGGUCCAGAGGGGUGUCCAAGAUCUUAGACUUGAAAUCGUCAGGGAGGGUCUGGAGUCUUAG